AAAAACCAUACCUAUGCUUAUUUGCUCAAAGAGACAUUCAGACAGGAGAGGAGCUUCUUUAUGACUAUAGUGUGUCUGAUCUACCAUGGAAGAGUCCAUGUCAACUGCUGACAGUGAAGAGCCAGGCAGUCUGACCCAUGAUAGGAGGGAGCCAAGUGAAGAGCCAGCCAGUCUGACCCAUGAUAGGAGGGAGCCAAGUGAAGAGCCAGCCAGUCUGACCCAUGAGUCCAUGUCAACUGCUGACAGUGAAGAGCCAGGCAGUCUGACCCAUGAUAGGAGGGAGCCAAGUGAAGAGCCAGCCAGUCUGACCCAUGAUAGAAGGGAGCCAAGUGAAGAGCCAGCCAGUCUGACCCAUGAGUCCAUGUCAACUGCUGACAGUGAAGAGCAGGGCAGUGUGACCCAUGAUAGGAGGGAGCCAAGUGAAGAGCCAGCCAGUCUGAGCCAUGAUAGAAGGGAGCCAAUCUCAAGGAUUGAGGCAAUAUUACAGAGUCAGAGCCUCUCAUGA